GGACGGAGUAUUACAAAAAUUUCAUGGACCGUGAUGUUUUGAGCUUUUUAGAGCUUUCCUUUCUCCUUUUCUUUAAAGUGGCAUCCUAAGUAACUAAGAAAUCAUAUUUCCAUGCAGCAGAAAGUAUAAAAGCUCACACUCUUUCUACAUAGUAAUUAGUUGAACUAAAGAUUUUCAUUUUUAACUAAUAAAUCAAUAUUCAAAAUUAUUUCAUUCAAUAUCUUUUAAUAGAUCAAAACGUUUGGUUUUUAAAUUAGGAUAAGCCCCUCUUAAAAUUUUAGCUUGUUAAAUAAUCUUUGCGGAUUAUGUAUUUCAUCGCUUCUUACUAAACAUUGAGCUAUGAAUUCUCUUCUCGUUGUCAUUAAAUCUGCCAAAUAAAUUUAUCGUAAUCUCAUGAUGAUCAAUUUUACAAAGACCUCAUUCUAUUUUUGAAGCUUGUAGCAUUGAUCCCCAUAAAUCCUAAUUUAAUAUUUUCUCUGUUUCAUAUUAUUUGAUUUUUGUAUAAUUUUUAGGGAGAAAUUUAUAACGGUUGUAAAUUGACUAAUAUGACCGUAUUAAGUUCAUAUUAUAUAUUGUCAUUAUCUAAUUGAGUUAAUUACUUUCAUUAAAUUGUUAUCGAUGAAAAAAUAUUUAGUUAUUUUUUAAGUUUUUAAACAUGUCAAUUAUUUUGAAAUAAUAUUUUUGAUAAACAUAUGGAAUAAUAUGAGAGGGAGAAAUUACUUGUCAUUGUCAAUCGUCGUAGCCCAUAAGGAAAAAAGCAACAAAUGCCUGUGAGCUGUAUCGCAAGAAAAGCAUUCAAAGUAUAUUAGGAUAUAUAUAAUGCUUGCUUGAAUCAUUAAGUUAGAUUAGGACUUCUCUCCUUUUAGCUUAGUUAUAUAAAGAAAAACUAUUUUAUUAAAUCCAAGUCAUAUUCUAAUCUAAAAAUAAUAAUUUAUAAGAUUCAGCAGUAUUAAAGUAUCUAGCAUCGGAAAUUUUAGUCAAAAUCAGGUUUCUUGUAGACCAUCCAUCCAUAUUUGUAAUUUUCCACAUGAUCACAUUGACAUUUACUAAAAGAGUGGUAGCUCAUACUUUUCCACAACAUCAUAUGCCUUAUACCAUUGUCCGAAACUCACUCAACUAACAAACUUACAAAUCCAAUAACCAGAAUAAAUCACAAAGGAAAUCAUAGCUAGAACUACCAAUUCAAGAAAUGGAGUAUUCAAGAAUCUCUAUAAGGCCAUUCAAAAUUUCAGAUGCUGAUGACUUCUUGAAAUGGGCUAGUGACAAAAAUGUAACAUAUUAUCUAAGAUGGAACACAAUCACCACCAUUGAAGCAGCAUCAAACUACAUCCAACAUGUUGCUAUUCCACAUCCAUGGCGUAGAUCCAUUUGCUUCGACGAUCGUUCAAUCGGAUAUAUAUCAGUUAGACCAGAAUCAGGAGAUGAAAAUCAUAGAGCUCACAUUAGCUAUGCCAUUGGUUCUAAUUAUUGGGGACAUGGUAUUGUUACUAUGGCACUAAAGAUGGCUAUACCAAUUGUGUUCAAUGAUUUUUCCAAUUUGGUGAGGCUAGAAGCAUUGGUGGAACCUGAAAAUAGAGGAUCCCAAAGGGUGCUAGGGAAAGUUGGUUUCAAGAAAGAAGGACUUUUAAGGAAGUAUGGUUUUAAUAAAGCUGAAAUAAGAGAUAUGUUCAUUUAUAGCUUCUUAUCAACUGAUCAAAUUCUGUGAACAAAUAAAAACUACCAUCUUAAAAAAUGGUUGCUUAUUAUAAUCUUUAAAAUUAUUAUAAUCAUUUGUCCCAUCAUUUUUCGA